AUGGCCGUGCCCGCCGCGCUGCUCAGCCCCCACCACCUCCUCUCCUUCUGCUUCCCCGCCGCCGGCGGGCUCCUGAGCUAUGCCGACCUGGAGAAGGGCUACGAGGGCGGCGGCGGCGACGCGGGGGACUUUAGAGAAGCCACCCGGGACCUGCUGAGCUUCAUCGACUCGGCUUCCAGCAACAUCAAGCUGGCGCUGGACCGGCCGGUGAAGUCCCGGCGGAAGGUGAACCAUAGGAAGUACCUGCAGAAGCAGAUCAAGCGCUGCACCGCGGGGCCGGGGCGCGGCGGGCGGCAGCGAGGCCAGGGCGGGCGGCGGCGGCGCGGAGCGGGCGGCGGGCGGCCCGCGGAAGGUGCCGCUGCGGGACCGCAACCUGCCGCCCUCCUUCUUCACGGAGCCCGCGCUGCCCGGGCCCGCCGCCCGCGGGCCGCCCGCCAAGGAGCCGGAGAAGGGCGGCGGGGGGGCGGCGCCGAGGCCACCGAGUUCUUGGAGCUCCUGUGCCCCGAGUACGGCGCGCUGCUGCCCGAGCACGCCGCCCCGAGCGACGCCUUCGGCGGCCGCCUGCCCGCCGAGCUGGGGCUGGAGCACGGGCUGUACGAGCUGCCGCUGCCCGCCGGGCUGCACCCGCUGCUGGGCGGGCUGCUGUACCCCGAGCCGCCCUGGAGCCCGGCCGCGCCCUGCAGCCCGCCCAGGAAGGCGCCGCCCGAGCCGCUGCGCCCCAUCUACCCCGGCGGCGGCGCCGAGCCCGUGCCCGCCGGCGGCGGCAGCGAGGAGCCCGGGGGGCACCUGCCCGCGGGGUUCGCCCCCUUCUUCCCCGAGUGCCCGCUGCCCCCGCCGCAGCCGCCCUACGACUACGGCGGCGGGUACCACCGCGGGGGCUACCCUGGGCUCUAG